AUGGCCAUCGCCGACCACGAGAUAGGCUACCUAGUCCGCCUGACGAAGACGAAUUCGGUCAAGCAGGUGAAGUCUUACCUCAAGGCUCUAGCCAAACGAGAGGACACCACUAUCUGCGAAAUCCUGGCCGAAACCGCCACGGACGAUGGCAAAACAAUUCUCUACCAUGCUAUCCUCGCCGAGGCCACCGGCAAGCCAGGACCGAGCCCCCAGAAUAUGUCGAUUCAGAAAGGAGGACGAGAAGCUUCGAAAGCAGUUCGUCAACACGGGGCGGCCCACGACAUCAUGCCACUUCACGUCGCCGCUCGACGUGGCCUGCUGGCCACCUACGACGCCCUAGUCGAGGCCGCCGUGGACGACCAGGGGCAGAACGUCCUGCACUUCGCCGCGACUUCAGGUAACAAAUCCCUGGUGUCAAGCAUCCUCGGGACCUGGGCUGGAGACAUCAACUCGAGCACCAACGACAAGGAGACGGCCUUGCACAUGGCAGCCGGCAACAACAAUGUCGACAUCGUACGUCUGCUGCUAGAGAAAGGCAUCAAUUACAAGAGCAAAGACGUGUAUCGAAACACGGCCAAGGGUGCCGCGAUGCUCAAUUCCGCUGACGAUGUGUUUCGGUUCUUUGAGGAGAGCAAGAUUUAUGACUAUGGAGAGGAGGAGGACGACGACGACGACGAGGGCGACGACGACGACGAGGACGAGGAGAUGGAAGACGAGGACGAGGAUGAAUAG